ACACAACAAACCCCGGAAAAGGGAAGCGGAAGGCACAGCUAAAUGUUAAUAAAAAAGAUAAUUUAGUGCCGUACGCGACACCUGAAAGGAACGUAUAUUCGUAUGGAAAACCUUUCUCCAAAAAGCUCUUGCGUUUUAUUCAGCGAAACCUCCCGGCCGCUGCAGUUUCACGUGAGGACGGGAGGUGAUAGCGUGCGGUAUGAGACGUUACAUUAGCUAGUCAGCUGAAUGUUAUGGGGCGCUGUUGACGAGUUGCUCCGUCUCUCCUGACAUUGAUGACAAGAACACUCUCAGUAAGCGGUUGCCGUGUUUUGGGAUGAUUACCUAGGAGGCUUUUCCAUUUUGUCCCCAUAUCGAGCUGCACUUUGUUGUUUCAGUCUGGAUUACAGUUCAGUCCCAUCCUGUCCCCUGUUCUGUGUGAAAUGACCUGACACCGAGUCCACUGGUUCCUCCAUCAGAUGGCAAUGGCGAGAAUAGCCUGGUAUCAAGAGAAGAUCGGGGCCUAUGAUCAACAAGUCUGGGAGAAAUCCCUGGAGAAGACGGAUCUGAAUGGCAUUGACAGCAAACCAAAGAGGACUGGUCACAUCAAGCCAGACCUCAUUGAUGUUGAUCUAGUAAGAGGCUCCACAUUCAGCAAAGCCAAGCCAGUGAGUCCCUGGACAGCUCUGACUCGAAAGGGCCUGGUCAGAGUGUUGCUGUUCCCUUUCUUCUUCCAGUGGUGGAUACAGGUGACCUCCAAGUACAUCUCCUCAUGUAUCCUGUUGCUUUACUUUAUGCAAGUGGCAGCAGCGGUGCUGUACUUGGAGGUCCCUGGGGCAAGUCCCAGUGAGGUGUUUGGGCCCAUGUGUCUGAUGCUGCUGCUGGGUACUGUGCACUGCCAGAUUGUGUCGACUGAAUCCAGCCGGAGCCCCUCAGGCAGUCCAGCUGCCAGCAGCACCACCAGCCCUGCUCGGAGAAGGAGGCCAAGGAAGGUCAGAGGGCAAAAAAAAACGGAAGAAAAGGAAGAUAGCGGGGAUACAGAACAACAGGAGCCCUGGCAGCUUGAAGACAACCAGCGGUUAUACAGAACAGAGGAGAGACGGAACCAUAAAAGGAAGUCAGGGUUUGGGGCAUCUGAUGAACUCUCCAGUGAGGAAGAGGAGGAGGGGCAUGCAAUUGAAGUGGUUCUCCCUCUUUCCCAUCAAGAGAGACACCCUGCUUCAACUUGGCAGACCUCUUCAUCAGUCCUUAGGAAACGAAGUCUUAAGUCAUUGUCAAAAUCCACACUGAGAAGUCAGGAAGGAAGUGGGGCUCCUGCCAAGGACAGCAAGGUGAAGCCUCGGGAACUGGAGCGCCUCAGACCGAGCGGGGGCUCUCGGCCCGCUUCUGACACUGAUGACACAAUGUGGGAGGAGCUUCUCCAAGGGCCUGACUCAGCCUCCACGGGCAGCACUGACAGUGAGGGGGAGGGCAGGUACAGUGCUGGCGUGACACUCCCCCAAGCCACCACUCUGAGCAGUGAUGAUGAGAGCCUACAGCAAGGAAUCACUGGAGGCCAGCUGUCUUGGCUGCAGGCAUGCCACCCAUCCAAGGACCGUGUCAGUGCCAUAAUAUGGGAGCAGGGCGAGUGUAAGAAAGCAGACAUGUCAGUAUUGGAGAUCAGUGGGAUCAUCCUCACACGGGUGAAGUUAGUGGAGCAGGGCAUGGGUUACCUCAUGCUUGGCGGGCUGGUGACUGCUACCCUGGCACUACUUCCCUUCGCCUUCCGCUUGGUGCAGCAUUUGGACAUGUCCAGCCUCGGCUCGGUGUCAUUGACAGAGCUGGGACAAAUGGCUGCAGGGCCACCCGAUGCCCAAGCCUACACCUUUUUCUUCAUUACGACUGUGCAACGGGUCUGCCUCACAGGCCUGUUCUUCUUCAUGAUGUGUGUAGCUGAGAGGACUUACAAACAGAGACUCUUAUUUGCCAAGUUCUUUAGCCACCUCACUUCAGCACGCAAGGCCAAGAAAUCUGAGAUCCCACAUUUCAGGCUGAAGAAAGUGCAGAACAUAAAGAUGUGGUUAUCCCUACGCUCCUUUCUCAAGAGACGAGGGCCCCAGCGCUCUGUCGAUGUGAUUGUCUCCACUAUCUUCCUCUUAGCGCUUUCCAUUUCCUUCAUCAUUUGUGCGCAGCUUCUGCACAGUCACAAGACAUUCCUGGACUCUCUGACCAACUGGGAGCUGAUGGUGUGGGGCUCGUCCCUCAUCCUCUUCCUGUUUCGGCUGGCUACCCUGGGCUCUGAGACCAACUGCAAAUACAGCAAUGCCUCAGUGCUGCUGACUGAGCAGAUCAAUUUAUAUCUUAAGAUGGAGAAGAAGCCCAACAAGAAAGAAGAGCUCAAUAUAGUGAACAAUGUUUUGAAACUUGCAACAAAACUGAUGAAAGAGCUGGACACUCCAUUCAGACUGCUGGGCCUGACAGUGAACCCUCUGAUCUACAACAUCACCAGAGUGGUCAUCCUGUCUGCUUUGUCUGCUGUGGUUAGUGACCUGCUCGGCUUCAACAUCAGACUGUGGAAAAUCAAGCCUUAAUGUGAAUAUGCCAAACCACUACCUGUUGGACACUGGAGACUAGAAACUCCUGCCGUCUACUUCAGCCAGUCACCUAAGUGUGCAAACCUACUGACAGUGUAUUCGUCGUCUGUGCCUUCCAAGGAACAUUGAACUCGCUGGAUUUCAUCCAUCAUUGACAUGCAUGGGGUGCUCUGACAAUCGCUUACACGCCUUUGGCUGCUCGAUUGGCACGGCAACAACACAGUUUCCGUCUGCCGCUCCACUAAACCAGUGCCUAACCUUUGACCCUUGAAUGUCCCCCAAAUCUAUAGUGGGAUAAAGCAGUAAGCUCUAAUAACUUCUUUCAGGCCUAUGAGGCAUCCAGGUUUCCAGAUGUGUGGACAAAUGGUGAAAUAGGAACUACAAGACAAAUUCAGACAACAUGUAGAUAUGUUGUGUUGUCAUAUUUGCAUUUGUUUCUCCACAGUAUAGUAUGGUUAACUGUAAAACAAGCUGUGUUUCAAGCCAGUAAAAUCAAAAUGGGUAGCCAGCUGUAUAAAGUGAAUUUUCAUAGGAUUUAAAUCUGCUUUCAACCUUUUGUAGUAUUUAAGGAGGUUAUACAUUCUAUCUUUCAUGUGGGCUUUAUUUAUUUGGUGUUCAGUAUUAGUGCUUCUACUUGUCAUGGUACCUGUAGAUCAAGACUCUUGGACCACCAUCAAUGCCAUUGUAUUGAAGACCACUGUUGACUACAAUACCUAUGCAAGCACAGUAUAGUUAUGCUUUAAGAAACUGUGUUUAAUAGAAGAAAAGUGAUUAAAGUGCUUUUUUCAUCUA